AUGGCCAAACAGAGCCUGUAUGCUAUAUUUCCUCGGACCUUUGGGUUGAAGUCUGCUAGGGUCCCAUACUCCGGUAGGUAUAUUGGGACAGCACCAGAGUUCAUGCAGUCGACUUUGGGCGGUCUUGCCAGACACCGUAUCACACCGCAUAUGACGGUGAGUGGCCGAUCUGCAGCAUCAUCCAGCCUGGUUCAAAGGUGA